UCGAUUGACACUCCUUUAAAGAAAACCGAAAACCGGAAACAGCAUCGAGAAAGGAGUGGUCAGCAGGCUAGCUUCCAACAUCGAUUAGUUUGGAAAAGUUUCUUACUCUUCGUUAUUUAGACUACAAACCUCUCAUAAUAUUAAUCAUGUCGGGCUCCUCCAGCAUUGUAUCGAUGAAGAAAAUCGUCCAGCAGUUACGUUUUGAAGCAGGCAUCAACAGAGUAAAGGUGUCCCAGGCCGCAGCGGACCUGCAGCAGUUUUGCCUGCAGCACGCCCAGCAGGACCCUCUGCUCUGCGGCAUGUCCACCAGCAACAACCCGUUCAGACCGCAGAAAGUCUGCUCCUUCCUAUAGCACCUACACUCCUGCAAACCCUCUGCCUCUGUUUUUGGACAUUGUGAAGCGUUGUUGGACCUGCGCUGUGGACUCAUUCGUCUCAGGAACAUAUGGGAAUUUGGGAACAAGAAACUAAAACUUAAGUUGUUUAAUGGUUGCCUUUGUAAAAUGUAAUAGAACCAUUUCCAGGUGCUUAUGUGGCACAAUACAAGUCUUAACCUUCUUGCUUGGAAAAAACUAAUCCAUAUUGUGCCUUUUUUUAAUUGUACAUUUUUCAUGCCUGAUUUUUAAAAAUAAUUAAUUUUCUUUCCCAAAUGUUUAAGUUGCAGCAACAUGUUUUAUUAAAAUGAGUAUUUACAUUUAGAAA